UUAUUGGGUGCCCUUCUGUGCUAGGGUAAGGAGAGCCUUCCUGGACAGGUCCUUGAUCUGUUGCAGUUUCCGCCCGGCACCACCAGCCGCAGCCGGCUUUUGCAUCACUUGGUGUUAGGAAAGGGGAAGCGACUUUUCCUUGGACCCAUGUGUAGGUAGAUAUUGGCCAAAUGAAUCCGUAAGCCAAACCAGCCUCACCACGCAGGACUCUCAGAGCCCCGCCCCCGCGUCCCUCUCGGAUCCUUGGCCACCUUGCUGCGCUGCUGCCUCUGCUGCUGCUGCUGCUGCGCUGUGCUCCUCACCCUGCCCUUAAGCAUCCCAGGAGCCAAGCAGGCCGGGAGGAGGGAGAGCUGGUCUUUAGUGAGGAAGUUCAGUUCAUAGAUAAGCCUUAUGCCCUGCCGGCGCUAGCUAGGCUGACUGCAACCUGUUCCUCGCUGCGAGUGUUCGCCGCCCGCCCGCGGCUCGCUCGCUAGCUCGCUCUCCCACCCUCUCCCCGGCGCAGCCGCGGAUCGCUGUUGCAUGCUGAUCCUGGGAGGCGGCGGCGGCGGCGAGCGCUCUGGGCGGAUGCUGGCACUUGGGCUUCGCUGCUCCCUGAUUGCUGCUCAACUUCUACCCCAAACGCAGGAGCUGUGAAGUCAUCUGCCCCUCUCCGGCUGGAUCGACUUCUUAUCUUCAUCUUUCGGGCGUUGCGGUUUACGCAGGAACCUCAAUACCGCUCCCCCCUCUCCAUCCCCCUCUCUCCAACCUUUGGAUGCGUCUCUGCUGGCAGAUUUAAAGAGCCAAGUCUUGGCUGUGGAAUUUCUUAGAUGGACUCGCAGGGGCUGGCGUUCUGAAGCAUGUCACCGUAGCUGGCCCUCGCCGCCGCCGUCGUCGUCUUCUUCUUUUUCUUUUCGUUUUUCUUUCAAAGUUCUUUUGUUUCCAUUUCCUCCUCCUUCUCUACCCCUCACCCCAGCCAAUAAAUCAGCAAACUGUUACCUAGCUGGCCGCUGCCUGCCUUUCUCUGAAGCAGGUGGUGCGUGUGCCAGAAGAGGAGCUAUCUUGUGGAGCAGCCUGCUCCACCCCUCUCCGGUCCCUGAACACCACCCCACACUGGCAUUUUGGGGGAAAUAUUGGCUCUAGAAGCUGAGCACCCCCAAGCCCUACCCCCUUCUUCUUCUUCUUUUUUUCCCUUGAGAAAUGGAGCUUCGCGGAGGUUGCCUUUAGAUUCAACAGUUCAGAGCAGGGCUGAAGAGCCUGCAGGGGUCCCCCAAGGCGGAGGUCCCUUGCGCCUGUGUGGAUAAGGCUCCGAGUCUGGCUGUGUCUUUUCUGCCCCUUGUUGUGUGCGGGUGUUCGGCGAUCACCUUUGUGUGUCUUCUGUCUGUUUAAACUUCAGGAUGGCUCGCUUCGGGGAGGCGGUGGUCGUUGGCAGGCCGGGCUCAGGCGAUGGAGACUCGGACCAGAGCAGGAACCGGCAAGGAACCCCCAUCCCGGCCUCGGGGCCGGCGGCCGCCUACAAGCAGUCGAAAGCACAGAGGGCGCGGACUAUGGCUUUGUACAAUCCCAUUCCUGUCCGGCAGAACUGUUUCACCGUCAACAGAUCCCUGUUCAUCUUCGGAGAAGAUAACAUUGUCAGGAAAUACGCCAAGAAGCUCAUCGACUGGCCGCCAUUUGAGUACAUGAUCCUGGCCACCAUCAUUGCCAACUGCAUCGUCUUGGCCCUGGAGCAGCAUCUUCCUGAGGAUGACAAGACCCCGAUGUCCCGAAGACUGGAGAAGACAGAACCAUAUUUCAUUGGGAUCUUCUGCUUUGAAGCUGGGAUCAAAAUUGUGGCUUUAGGGUUCAUCUUCCAUAAGGGUUCAUACCUCCGCAAUGGCUGGAAUGUCAUGGACUUCAUUGUGGUCCUCAGUGGCAUCCUGGCCACCGCGGGAACCCACUUCAACACCCAUGUGGAUCUGCGGACCCUCCGGGCUGUGCGUGUCCUGAGGCCCUUAAAGCUCGUGUCAGGAAUACCUAGCCUGCAGAUUGUGUUGAAAUCCAUCAUGAAGGCCAUGGUGCCUCUUCUGCAGAUUGGCCUUCUGCUCUUCUUUGCCAUCCUCAUGUUCGCCAUCAUUGGCUUGGAGUUUUACAGUGGCAAGUUACAUCGAGCAUGCUUCAUGAACAAUUCAGGUAUUCUAGAGGGAUUUGAUCCUCCCCACCCGUGUGGUGUGCAGGGCUGCCCGGCUGGUUAUGAAUGUAAGGACUGGAUCGGCCCCAAUGACGGGAUCACCCAGUUUGACAACAUCCUUUUUGCUGUGCUGACUGUCUUCCAGUGCAUCACCAUGGAAGGGUGGACCACUGUGCUGUACAAUACCAAUGAUGCCUUAGGAGCCACCUGGAACUGGCUGUAUUUCAUCCCCCUCAUCAUUAUUGGAUCCUUCUUUGUUCUCAACCUUGUCCUGGGAGUGCUUUCAGGGGAAUUUGCCAAAGAAAGAGAGAGAGUGGAGAACCGAAGGGCAUUCAUGAAGCUGCGGCGCCAGCAACAGAUUGAACGCGAGUUGAAUGGGUACCGCGCCUGGAUAGACAAAGCAGAGGAAGUCAUGCUUGCUGAAGAAAAUAAAAACUCUGGAACGUCAGCCUUGGAAGUGCUUCGAAGGGCAACUAUCAAAAGGAGCCGGACGGAGGCCAUGACCCGAGACUCCAGCGAUGAGCACUGCGUUGAUAUCUCUUCUGUGGGGACACCCCUUGCCAGAGCCAGCAUCAAGAGCACGAAGGUAGACGGCGCCUCCUAUUUCCGGCACAAGGAACGACUUCUGCGGAUCUCCAUCCGCCACAUGGUCAAAUCCCAAGUGUUUUACUGGCUCGUCCUGAGUGUUGUGGCGCUCAACACUGCCUGUGUGGCCAUUGUCCAUCAUAACCAGCCCCAGUGGCUCACUCACCUCCUCUACUAUGCAGAAUUUUUGUUUCUGGGACUCUUCCUGUUGGAGAUGUCCCUGAAGAUGUAUGGCAUGGGGCCACGCCUUUAUUUCCACUCGUCAUUCAACUGCUUUGAUUUUGGGGUCACAGUGGGCAGUAUCUUUGAGGUUGUCUGGGCAAUCUUCAGACCUGGUACCUCUUUUGGAAUCAGUGUCCUACGAGCUCUCCGGCUCCUAAGGAUAUUUAAAGUAACCAAGUAUUGGGCAUCCCUCCGGAAUCUGGUUGUCUCCUUGAUGAGCUCCAUGAAGUCUAUCAUCAGCUUGCUCUUCCUCCUCUUCCUCUUCAUCGUUGUCUUCGCUCUCCUAGGAAUGCAGCUCUUCGGAGGCAGGUUUAAUUUUAAUGAUGGGACUCCUUCGGCUAAUUUUGAUACCUUCCCUGCAGCUAUAAUGACAGUGUUCCAGAUCCUGACAGGGGAAGACUGGAAUGAGGUCAUGUACAAUGGCAUCCGCUCCCAGGGCGGGGUCAGCUCAGGCAUGUGGUCUGCCAUCUACUUUAUUGUGCUCACCUUGUUUGGAAACUACACACUGCUGAACGUGUUCUUGGCCAUCGCUGUGGACAACCUGGCAAAUGCCCAGGAAUUGACCAAGGAUGAGCAGGAGGAAGAGGAAGCCUUCAACCAGAAACAUGCACUGCAGAAGGCCAAGGAGGUCAGCCCGAUGUCUGCUCCCAACAUGCCUUCCAUUGAAAGAGACAGAAGGAGAAGACACCACAUGUCGAUGUGGGAGCCGCGCAGCAGCCACCUGAGGGAGCGGAGGCGCCGGCACCACAUGUCUGUGUGGGAACAGCGGACCAGCCAGCUGAGGAGACACAUGCAAAUGUCUAGCCAAGAAGCCCUCAACAAAGAAGAGGCCCCACCCAUGAACCCUCUCAAUCCACUCAAUCCACUGAGCCCUCUCAACCCACUCAAUGCUCACCCCAGCCUCUAUCGGAGGCCCAGGCCCAUUGAGGGCCUAGCCCUGGGCCUGGGUCUUGAGAAGUGUGAAGAGGAGCGCAUUAGCCGUGGGGGUUCCCUCAAGGGAGAUAUAGGGGGCCUGACCAGUGCCCUGGACAACCAGAGGAGCCCCUUGUCCUUGGGCAAACGGGAGCCACCCUGGCUGGCCAGAUCCUGUCAUGGAAACUGUGACCCAACCCAGCAGGAGGCUGGGGGAGGAGAGACUGUGGUAACUUUUGAGGACCGGGCCAGGCACAGGCAGAGCCAGAGGCGCAGCCGGCAUCGCCGAGUCAGGACAGAGGGCAAGGAGUCUGCCUCUGCCUCCCGGAGCAGGUCUGCUAGCCAGGAGCGGAGUCUGGACGAAGGGGUGUCCAUUGAUGGGGAGAAGGAACAUGAACCUCAAAGCAGCCACAGAAGCAAGGAGCCGACCAUCCAUGAAGAGGAGAGAACCCAGGACUUACGGAGGACUAAUAGUCUGAUGGUAUCCAGGGGCUCUGGACUGGUAGGAGCUCUUGAUGAGGCAGAAACACCUCUGGUCCAGCCCCAGCCUGAGUUGGAAGUGGGGAAGGAUGCAGUUCUGACAGAGCAGGAGGCUGAAGGCAGCAGCGAGCAGGCCUUGCUUGGGAAUGUACAGCUGGACGUGGGCCGAGGCAUUAGCCAGAGUGAGCCUGACCUCUCCUGCAUGACAACCAAUAUGGACAAGGCUACCACUGAGAGCACCAGCGUCACGGUCGCCAUCCCUGAUGUGGAUCCUUUGGUGGAUUCAACAGUAGUGCACAUUAGCAACAAGGCCGAUGGAGAAGCCAGUCCCUUGAAGGAGGCGGAGAACAAAGAGGAGGAAGAAGAGGUGGAGAAGAAGAAGCAGAAGAAGGAGAAGCGGGAGACUGGCAAAGCCAUGGUGCCUCAUAGCUCUAUGUUCAUCUUCAGCACCACGAACCCGAUCCGCAGAGCCUGCCACUACAUUGUGAACCUGCGCUACUUUGAGAUGUGUAUCCUUCUGGUGAUCGCGGCCAGCAGCAUCGCCCUAGCAGCCGAGGACCCUGUGCUAACCAACUCAGAACGCAACAAAGUCCUGAGAUAUUUCGACUAUGUCUUCACAGGAGUGUUUACCUUUGAGAUGGUUAUAAAGAUGAUAGACCAAGGCUUGAUCCUGCAGGAUGGAUCCUAUUUCCGAGACCUCUGGAACAUCCUGGACUUUGUGGUAGUGGUUGGUGCGUUGGUAGCCUUUGCCCUGGCAACCAACAAGGGGCGGGACAUCAAGACUAUCAAGUCUCUGAGGGUACUUCGAGUUCUUCGACCACUGAAAACCAUCAAGCGCUUGCCAAAGCUGAAGGCUGUGUUUGACUGCGUGGUGACCUCCUUGAAGAAUGUCUUCAAUAUACUGAUUGUCUACAAGCUCUUCAUGUUCAUCUUCGCUGUCAUCGCUGUUCAGCUAUUCAAGGGAAAGUUCUUUUAUUGCACCGACAGUUCCAAGGACACAGAGAAAGAGUGCAUAGGUAACUAUGUAGACCAUGAAAAAAACAAGAUGGAGGUAAAGGGCCGGGAAUGGAAGCGUCAUGAAUUCCACUACGACAACAUCAUCUGGGCCCUGCUGACCCUCUUCACCGUCUCCACGGGGGAAGGAUGGCCUCAGGUCCUGCAGCAUUCUGUAGAUGUGACAGAGGAGGACAGAGGCCCGAGCCGCAGCAACCGCAUGGAGAUGUCCAUCUUUUAUGUGGUCUACUUUGUGGUCUUCCCUUUCUUCUUUGUCAAUAUCUUUGUGGCUCUCAUCAUCAUCACCUUCCAGGAGCAAGGGGACAAGAUGAUGGAGGAGUGCAGCCUGGAAAAGAAUGAGCGGGCGUGCAUUGACUUCGCCAUUAGUGCCAAACCUCUCACCCGCUACAUGCCACAGAACAGGCACACCUUUCAGUACCGCGUGUGGCACUUUGUGGUCUCUCCAUCCUUUGAAUAUACCAUCAUGGCCAUGAUUGCCUUGAACACUGUCGUGCUGAUGAUGAAGUACUAUUCUGCUCCUUGCACCUAUGAACUCGCCCUAAAAUACCUGAACAUUGCCUUCACCAUGGUGUUUUCCCUGGAAUGUGUCCUAAAGGUCAUCGCUUUUGGCUUCCUGAACUAUUUCCGAGAUACUUGGAACAUCUUUGACUUCAUCACCGUAAUUGGCAGCAUCACAGAAAUUAUCCUGACAGACAGCAAGCUGGUGAACACCAGCGGCUUCAAUAUGAGCUUUCUGAAGCUCUUUCGAGCCGCGCGCCUCAUAAAGCUACUGCGCCAGGGCUAUACCAUUCGCAUCUUACUGUGGACCUUUGUGCAGUCCUUUAAGGCUCUCCCGUAUGUCUGCCUUCUGAUCGCCAUGCUUUUCUUCAUCUAUGCCAUCAUUGGGAUGCAGGUAUUUGGAAACAUAAAGUUAGAUGAGGAGAGUCACAUCAACCGGCACAACAACUUCCGGAGUUUCUUCGGGUCCCUCAUGCUGCUUUUCAGGAGUGCCACGGGGGAGGCCUGGCAGGAGAUUAUGCUGUCGUGUCUGGGCGAGAAGGGCUGUGAGCCUGACACCACUGCACCCUCAGGGCAGAACGAGAGUGAGCGUUGCGGCACUGACUUGGCCUACGUCUACUUUGUCUCCUUCAUCUUCUUCUGCUCCUUCCUGAUGCUCAAUCUGUUCGUGGCUGUCAUCAUGGACAACUUUGAGUACCUGACUCGAGAUUCCUCCAUCCUGGGACCUCACCACUUGGAUGAGUUUGUCCGUGUCUGGGCAGAAUAUGACAGAGCAGCAUGUGGCCGCAUCCAUUACACUGAGAUGUAUGAAAUGCUGACUCUCAUGUCACCACCGCUAGGCCUCGGCAAGAGAUGUCCCUCCAAAGUGGCCUAUAAGAGGUUGGUCCUGAUGAAUAUGCCAGUGGCUGAGGACAUGACAGUCCACUUCACCUCCACACUUAUGGCUCUGAUCCGGACAGCUCUGGACAUUAAAAUUGCCAAAGGUGGUGCAGACAGACAGCAGCUAGACUCGGAGCUACAAAAAGAGACCCUGGCCAUUUGGCCCCACCUGUCCCAGAAGAUGCUGGAUCUGCUUGUGCCCAUGCCCAAAGCCUCAGACCUGACUGUGGGCAAAAUCUAUGCAGCAAUGAUGAUUAUGGACUACUAUAAACAGAGUAAGGUGAAGAAGCAGCGACAGCAGUUGGAAGAGCAGAAAAAUGCACCCAUGUUCCAGCGCAUGGAGCCCUCCUCACUGCCUCAGGAGAUCAUUGCUAAUGCCAAAGCCCUGCCUUAUCUCCAGCAGGACCCCGUUUCAGGCCUGAGUGCUCGAAGUGGAUACCCUUCAAUGAGCCCACUCUCCCCUCAAGAAAUAUUCCAGUUGGCUUGUAUGGACCCAGCUGAUGAUGGGCAGUUCCAAGAGCAGCAAUCUCUGGAGCCAGAGGUUAGUGAAUUAAAAAGUGUGCAGUCCUCUAACCAUGGCAUCUACCUUCCUCCGGACACCCAGGAGCAUGCGGGAUCAGGGAGGGCGUCCUCUAUGCCACGUCUGACUAUGGAGCCCCAGGUGGUAACAGACCCUAGCUCUAUGCGACGCUCAUUUUCUACAAUUCGGGACAAGCGUUCAAACUCCUCCUGGCUGGAGGAGUUCUCCAUGGAACGUAGCAGUGAAAACACCUACAAGUCCCGGCGCAGAAGUUACCACUCUUCCCUGAGGCUGUCAGCCCACCGCCUGAAUUCUGACUCUGGCCACAAGUCUGACACUCACCGCUCAGGAGGCAGGGAGAGAGGCCGAUCCAAAGAACGAAAGCAUCUUCUCUCUCCCGAUGUCUCCCGCUGCAAUUCGGAGGAGCGAGGGAACCAGGCUGACUGGGAGUCCCCAGAGCGUCGCCAGUCCAGGUCACCCAGCGAGGGAAGGUCACAGACCCCCAACAGACAGGGUACCGGUUCCCUGAGUGAGAGCUCCAUCCCCUCUAUAUCCGACACCAGCACCCCAAGACGAAGUCGUCGCCAGCUUCCACCUGUGCCACCAAAGCCUCGGCCCCUCCUCUCCUACAGCUCCCUGAUGAGACACACUGGAGGCAUCUCUCCACCUCCUGACGGAAGUGAGGGUGGAUCCCCACUGGCCUCUCAAGUUCUGGAGAGCAACAGCGCUUGUCUGACCGAGUCUUCCAACUCCUUGCACCCCCAGCAGGGCCAGCACCCUUCCCCACAGCACUACAUCUCCGAGCCCUAUCUGGCCCUCCAUGAAGACUCCCACGCCUCAGACUGUGGCGAGGAGGAGACACUCACCUUUGAGGCAGCCGUGGCUACAAGCUUGGGCCGGUCCAACACCAUUGGCUCUGCCCCACCCCUGCGGCACAGCUGGCAGAUGCCUAAUGGGCACUAUCGGCGGCGGAGGCGUGGGGGGCCUGGGCCUGGCAUGAUGUGUGGAGCUGUCAGUGACCUCCUGAGUGACACGGAAGAAGAUGAUAAGUGCUAGAGGUUGCCAUCCCCUCCGAUGCAUGCUCUUCUCUCACAGGGAGAAAACCAAGACCAAAUUGGGAAAGCCAGUGCGGCCCGGGGGGGAGGAAGAGGGAGAAGGAAGAUGGAGAAAGGACGCCAUGCAUCCUCGAAGAAGAGGAAGUAAAAGACAGAUGGAAAACCAGUCAAACCCACCAAUUUGCGUCAUUUCCCUUUGCAAGAUGGGCACUGCCAUAGUCCUGCCUCUUUGCUGGGGAAAGAAAAUACAGGAAUGUGGGGGGUUAUUCCCAUGGGAGAAGGGACAUGAAGGUGGCUUGGUUUCCCUUGCCCCUUCCCACUUUUCUAUAAGCUGCAGCAGGAUCUAGCUGACCUGUCUAAGCUCAUUGCCCUGAGCAGCUGGGAAGACUUCCCAGCAUCUUAAAUGAGGGAAGAGGGGAAACAGUAGGAGAAGAAUUUCCUCACCAGCUCUUGGUUUUGGCUGCCCCCAGGGCAACCACAGCAGUAUCUCAUGCAUUAUCUCGGGGCUUGCUUCCCCUCCAAAGAGACACACACUGAGUCAGAAGCACUGGAUGCUGAUGGGAGAAGGGAGAGA